AUGAGAUUGAAAACUCAUAACAGUACUCCAGGAGCGAAAAAAGGAAAAGAAGCAGGAUUAAAGAAGUGGUUGUCAGAAGAUAAGAAUAAAGAAUAUUCCAAAAAAGAUUGUUUCAACAUAUACACUAAGGUAAUACAUACUGAAUUAUCUCACAAAUUACAUUUCAUAGAAUUUGAAAUUGUAGAUAAAAACAUUAGGGAGCAGAUUAGUCAAAUUAUUCAUAAAAAAAUUAUUAGACAACAGGAAAAAUUAAAAUCACUUACUUUUAAAAAAUCCAUAAUACCUAAACAAAAAUCAGAACAGAACACAAAUAAAAUAUCGGAUCAUACAUUUUUUAAAAGAUUUGUUAACUUAACUACCACAAAUUUCUCUGAUCCAGAACAAUAUCUAAUAGAAAAAGGGUUUAAACACAACAUCGCACCUAAGAUAAAUACUUCGAACUUAGAAAUUUUGGGAAUAGAAACAGAAAUCGCUUUAAAAGAUUCAUAUAAUACUUUGUCUCACAAAUAUCAUACAGCGAAUAUAAUUGAAACACAAUUUUUACGUAAUAACAAUUCAAAUCAAGACAAUGAAGUGCAAAGGUUUGGUAAUUUAGAUCCUUCAACUGUAAUUUACAUAGACGGCUACAAAACUGAAAAAUAA